AUGUUUUCCUCACGGAAUCGCAAGGAGGAGGCGGCCUACCCGGCUGUCCCCGACUCUCUCAGGUCGGACUCGCUCGAGAUGGCGGAACUUAGAAAGACGCAACAAGCGCGAGCCGAUACUUCUCCCACCAUAACACCAUACCUCAGUCUCUCAGCCAGGCUGUCUCAGAUCUGGCUGAACCGCUGGACAAUCCUACUACUGCUCGUCCUCCUCAGAGUCAUCUUGCUUAUCGCCAGCCUAAACGACAAUGUCGACGAUGCGAAUCAAAAAGCACUCUCUGCUUGCACAAAGGUCGAAGAUAUUGGCAGCGCCAUGGCCUCGAUGCCUCACUAUCUCUCUGUCGGUGUCAACGAGCUGUCAGCCAAGGGUAUCGAGAAGACCCUGGACGGCAUGGUUGCUGCUCUGGGUCUGAUCCUCACUGGUGUUCAGAAUCUCAUCAUCUUCGUCAUCAACAUGAUGACCUCGAUGUACACCUGCCUCAUCACUGCCUUCAUUCAUGGCGGCCUUGAUGUUGCCUCCGACGUUACCAAGAAGGUCACCGACGCCAUGAACAAGGUGGUCGGCGACAUCAGCAAUACAAUCGAUUCUAAGGCUAAGAGCCUCUCGGACGGCAUCAACAAGGCCGUGGACGCAAUCGAAAACUCCGUCCUCGGUAGCGUUCUGCCCGACUUUCCCAAGGUCGACUUCUCGGGGCCUGUCAACGACCUGCGCGACAUCAAGAUCGACUCCAGCGGCUUUGUCAGCGACAUCAACAAGCUCAACGAUGACCUGCCUACCUUUGAGGAGGUUCAGAAUUUGACGGCUCAGGCUAUCUCGUUCCCUUUCAACCUGCUCAAGCAGACCGUCAAUGAUGCCUACAAGGGCUACAAGUUCGACCGAUCAGUCUUCCCUGUUGCCCAGAAGCAGGCGCUGCAAUUCUGCUCGACCAACAAUAACAUUUCCGAUUUCUUCAACAACCUGCGAGACAUGAUCCAAAAGGCUCGCAUCAUCUUCAUUGUCGUUCUCUCCAUCUUGGCUGUGCUGGUUAUCGCACCCAUGGCUUGGUUGGAAAUCAGGCGCUGGAGACGCGAGCGAAAGCACGCUCAGAUCAUGGCCAGCAACCAGUACGACUCGAUGGAUGUGGUUUACAUUGCUUCCCGCCCAAUGACCGCUACCUGGGGUAUUAAGAUUGCUUCCAAGUUCAAGGGCCGUCGCCAAAUCUUGGUCCGCUGGGCUAUUGCAUAUGCCACAUCGCUCCCCGCUCUCUUCGUCCUGGCCCUUGCCAUCGCUGGCUUCUUCUCUUGCUUGUGCCAGUACGUCCUGCUCAAGGCUGUCGAAAGAGAAGUGCCCGCCCUUGCCAACCAGGUCGGCGAAUUUGCCGGCGAAGUCGUUACCUCGCUACAAGAUGUCUCCAAGCAGUGGGCUGAUGAUGCCAACGGUGUUGUGUUGUCAACACAGAACGAGAUCAACCAGGAUAUGCUCGGCUACGUCACGAACGCUACCUCGGCUGUCAACGACACACUGAACACGUUCACUAACACCAUGACGACUGGUCUGGAGACUGUAUUCAACGGCACCAUUCUCAUUAAUCCCAUCAAGGACGUCAUUCGCUGUACCAUUGGGCUCAAGGUCGAGGCUGUCCAGAAGGGACUGACAUGGGUCCACGAUCACUCGCAGAUCUCGUUCCCUCUUUUCGACAAUGACACCUUCAGUCUCGGCGCUCAAGAGUCCAUCUCGGGCGACUCAGACCUCAAGACCUUCUUGUCGUCACCCUCAAGUGUGUCAACCGACGAGGUCACUGGCGCCGUGACUCAUGUUACCGAUAUGCUUCGUCGGGGCAUCAUCAAGGAGGCACUCAUCUCUACCGGCAUCCUUCUCGUCUACGUCAUUGUCGUUCUCAUCGGCAUCAUCCGCGCCUUGGUCGGCAUGGCCAUGCCCGACAAAGGACGUGGCGAGGGCGGAUUGCGCUAUACCGGAGACGACCGCCCAGCAAUGAGCCCGCGAAGCCCGCCCAGAUCCCAUGGUAACGACUCUCGCUUCCCACAAUUUGGUAGCGAUGCAUCUGCUGUGGAUGAUGACCACUACUCGGGGAUGCGAGAUGAGAAGGCGCUGAAGAAGACGAGCGUCCAGAGCGGCAGAGUGCAGCCUACAGAGGGCCAUCAACGACAAAGCUCGUACGGGCACCUCGACACAGCAUCAUCAACCAAGUUUUAG